AUGGAUAAUGUGUUUAAAAAAUUAAUUAGAGGAACCAGUUUUAGAUCUGGACCCUCCUCUAAAGUAGUUUUAUUUAAAGAAAAUGAAGACGUGGGCCACUUUGACGAAGAAUUUAGGGUAACAGACUCAAGUGGAGUUGAUUUUAAAGAAUAUAAGCAAUUGGAGUUGUUUGAAAAACUUAAAUUGGGAAUUUCUGAUAGUUUAAAACCGAAAGAGGGCCGGUUUAGCCCUAAGAAUAUAUCGAACGCCCUGGAAACGCAGUUUAACAUUAAAAAAACAACUCCAGUUCAGAAACAUUUAUUUAGAAUAUCAAAAGUGUGUAAAAAGUUGAUAAAAGGUGCCGAUAACACACAAAUCUGUAACAAUUAUGAUCAGGUGAUCCCAGUCUUGCUGAUGGAAAAGGACGUAAUGGCAGUUGCUCCCACGGGCUCCGGGAAAACUUUGGCAUAUUUGGUGCCAGCAUUACUUAAAUUGGAGGUGUGUCGCCAAUUUUAUAAAACAGUACAGAAUGAUGACGAUAAGUUGCGGUGUUUAAUCUUAGUGCCAACAGUUGAGCUGGUCCAGCAAGUUAAAUCGGAAUGUGUUUACCUGACGAAGGGGAAGGGAGUAAAGGUGGUGGCCCUGGACAAAACCAUAACGACCUUUGACUUUUCAAUAGCAGUUGCUACGCCAUUGACCCUGUAUAAAUUAAUGCUCGAGCACCCAGACAUGCUUGACAAUUUGGAAAUGUUGGUGUUGGAUGAAGCCGAUAAGCUGCUCGAGGACGGCUACCACGAUAACGUGGACUACGUGUUAAAUCACUUGAAAAACAAAGAUAGGGUGCAGAAAGCAUGUUUUAGCUCGACAAUACAGCCAGAGUUACUGGUGUUGGCCAAGUCGUACUUCAAGAGUCCCAUCCACGUGACAAUCGGCUCAGAAAACGUUUGUUGUUCAAAUGUGCACCAGGAGCUGGUGUGCGUCACGAGUGAAAAGGGGAAAAUACUGACGCUGAAACAGCUCAUAAACGAGGGGAAGUUGCUGCCGCCAAUACUAAUAUUCCUACAAAGCAUUAAAAGAGUUAACGAACUGUACGAGGAGCUGAUGACCUCAACCCUAAAAGUUGAAAAGUUUACGAAAAAAAUGGAUCUGAAGGAGAGGCAAACAGUAAUAGAAAAGUUCAGAACAGGAGAGAUUUGGACACUGAUAUGCACGGACAUCCUGUCCCGCGGAAUCAACUUCAAGGGAGUGCACUCAGUAGUCAACUUCGACCUGCCGCUGUCAUCGCAAUUGUACAUAAACAGAGUUGGGAGAGCAGGCCGAGGCCUGAAGAAGGGGAAGAGCAUAACGUUCUUUACGAUCAACGACUUCAAGUACAUGAGUCACAUCGUGGAAAUAAUGAAGCUCUCGAACUCGCCAGUACCAGGGUACUUGCUGACAGGACUCCCAAGUUUAUCGCAAGAAGGUAUUUUGGUAGACUUUGAUUAUCAAUGUUGGACAGAGUUGAAGAAGAUGGAACACAAGCCGCCGACAAGAUUCAACAUAGGACCAGUAAAGUAA